AUGCUGCUGCCUUAUUCUGUUUCGGAUCAUCAACAAGCAUGUAUUUUCUUCCCUGGGAUCGAUUUCCUCAAUCUUCACCGUUUUCCUAGCAUUGAUGCUGCCUGUGCUGUGGCAAAUAUGCUCAAUGAAAGAUUCUACAAUGUUUUAAUGUUAACUAUAAUUGGACAGUGGAAUCAAAGUUAUCGCCACAUAUUGGCCAGCCCUAUUAUCCCUCUUCAUCUAUACCGCCAUCGCUUGGAUAUAUCCCUACCACCGUAUUACGGUGACCACCCUGCUGUUAAUUUUCCCACUUCAUCAACACACAAAAGCUUGCUGGUGAUGUUGUUCAACGCAUCUUCGUCAUUUCGAGAAGAUAGCCUUGAAGCCUUUGCACGUUCAGAUGCUGUAACUAUACUCAAUGAGUGUGAUGAUCAGCCCUCCCUGGUAUGUGAUGUUGCUGGAAGUGUAGUGCAAUGGGAAAACGCGCUCAAGGCGUCCAAAUUUGUUCUUAUCCACGAGGGAAUGCCAUAUUUCAAGCUUGCUUUACAAAGGGCCUUGCAGGCUACUAUUAUUCCUGUGAUAUUCGUGCCUAACUACGUUCUUCCGUUUUCCGAUUACAUAGACUGGCACUUGAUCUCAUUGCGACCGUCCAGUCUUACUCGUGUCCUUGAUGUCAUAAAGGGAUUGGCCACCACGAAAGUGGAAAGUAUGCGGGUUCAAAUUCGAAAG